CCAGCUGGGAGCAGGGGACUGAAGAGACAUUCUGACUAGUCCUGCAUUCCGGAAACCUCCAGGGAGGACACGAGUUCCCUGGGCAGGUCCCAGGAUGAGAGCAGGAACCUACAGCUGGAGCACAGGCAGAACGGGCUUGGCUUGGCAGAGGCACCCACACUGUGAUCACUUUGUGCCUUGCCUGGCUGGGGAGCAGGAAGGCCAGGGAUGAAAGGUGACAGGUCCCUGGCUACCUCCUGGCCAGUGGCCAAGAAGCUGUGGCGGGAAGCAACCAUGUUGCAGCCAGGCCCAUCCAGGGGGACUUUCUCGGCUACAUCUGCCUCCUUCCAGGAUGCUGUACGCACACUCAACACCCUGCAGACCAAUGCCAACUACCUGGAGCAGGUGAAGAGACAGCAGGAUGACCCCCAGACAAAACUGGAAGCCAUGAAGCUGUACUUGGCACGGAGUGGGCUGCAGGUGGAGGACUUGGACCGGCUGAACAUCAUCCAUAUCACAGGGACCAAGGGGAAGGGCUCCACCUGUGCCUUCACUGAACGUAUCCUCCGAAGCUAUGGCCUGAAAACCGGAUUCUUUAGGUCUCCCGGUAGCUCUCCCCACCUGGUGCAGGUGCGUGAACGGAUCCGCAUCAAUGGGCAGCCCAUCAGCCCCGAGCUCUUCACCAAACACUUCUGGCGCCUCUAUCACCGGCUGGAGGAGACCAAGGAUAGCAAGAGCUGUGUCUCCAUGCCCGCCUACUUCCGUUUCCUCACGCUCAUGGCCUUCCACGUCUUCCUCCAAGAGAAGGUGGAUCUGGCAGUGGUGGAAGUGGGUAUCGGUGGGGCUUACGACUGCACUAACAUCAUCAGGAAGCCUGUGGUAUGUGGGGUCUCGUCUCUUGGCAUCGACCACACUAGCCUCUUAGGGGACACAGUGGAGGAGAUCGCAUGGCAGAAAGGGGGCAUCUUCAAGCAUGGCGUCCCCGCCUUCACUGUACCUCAGCUUGACGGUCCCCUGGCAGUGCUGAAGGAGCGCGCCGAGCAGGUCUCAUGUCCCCUGUACCUGUGCCCGCCCCUGGAAGCCCUGGAGGAAGGGGGGCCACCGCUGACCCUUGGCCUGGAAGGAGAGCAUCAGCGGUCCAAUGCUGCCUUGGCCUUGCAGCUGGCCCGCUGCUGGCUGCAGCAGAAGGAUCACCAAGGCAUCAGGGAGCUGGAGGCCUCCAGGCCGAGCCUCCUGCAGCGGCUGCAGCGGCUGCCUCUGGCGCCUGUGUUCCAGCCCACAUCUCACAUGCGGCUUGCGCUUCGGGACACCGAGUGGCUGGGCCGUUCGCAGGUGCUGCGACGCGGGCACCUCACCUGGUACCUGGACGGCGCGCAUACCUCCAGCAGCAUGCAGGCCUGCGUGCGCUGGUUCCGCCAGGCGCUACUCCUCGGCGAGAGGCGGGGCAGCGGGCCAGAGGUGCGUGUCUUGCUCUUCAACUCUACCGGGGACCGGGAUCCCGAGGCCCUGCUGAAGCUGCUGCAGCCCUGCCAGUUUGACUAUGCUGCUUUCUGCCCUAACCUGACAGAGGUGUCAUCCACUGACAACGCAGAUGAUGGCACUGAGGCCAGGGUAGGGAGAUGUGCUCAGUGGACAAAAGCCCUAGCUCUGAAGCUAAACUGCCUGGCUCUGCUUCUCACCAGCUUUGUGAUAGCGGACCAGCAGAACUUCACAGUGACACUGGACCAGGUGCUGCUCCGCUGCCUGGAACACCAGCAGCACUGGAACCACCUGGAUGAGAAGCAGGCCAGCCCGGGCCUCUGGAGCACCCCCAGCCCAGAGCCUGGUGGGCCCGCCUCCCUGCGGCUGGCACCCUGCCCAACCCAUACCCGCAGCACUGGCUCCCUUGUCUUCAGCUGCAUCUCCCAUGCCUUGCAGUGGAUCACCCAAGGCCGGGACCCAGUCUUUCAGCCACCCAGUCCCCCGCAGGGCCUCCUAGCCCAUCCUGUGGCAGGCAGCGGGGCCAGCAUACUCCGUGAGGCUGCUGCCAUCCACGUGCUGGUCACAGGAAGCCUGCACCUGGUGGGCGGUGUCCUGAAGCUGCUGGAGCCCUCCCUGUCUCAGUAGCCAAGGCAGUGGGGUUGGAGGUGGGGCCUCCCACACCUGCCCUGCAUCUCUUCAUGAACUCCUAUAUUAGGUGCCUUUUGUUGUCUGCUUUGCUGAUUCUGUCUAGACUGGCCCAGGGACCUGAGCUCUGGGCAGUGAAAUGGAGGGCUGGUGGGUGGAAGGCUGAGAUCAGACAUCCUCUGUCCUGAGGCUAUGGUGCCCUUGCCCUCUCCUUCCUGCUGAGACAGCCAGGGGACUUCCCAGUUCUCCUGCCGCGGCAGUAGGCCUGACAAGCCAGUCCAUCUCCCUCCCACCCACCUGCUUCCUGCCUCAGGCCCAGCUUAUUGUGUGAGCUGCCAGGCCAGGCCUGGGGUCCUGCCAGGUGCAGAUCAACCGAUUUCCUCCUCUCAGUGCCUUCUGGGAAAGGAGAGGGUCCCUGCCUGUGGACAAAGGGUGGCUGGAUUGAAUUAAAGCCUUUAACUUUUUUAAAAA